AUUUUAGUUUUGUACCGACUUUUUUAGUGAAUUACUGCAGACUUAUCUGCUAGACGUCAAUAAUUGUUUAAAUUUGAAAUACAAUUACAUAAUAAAUAAUAAUGAGCAAUGUAAAUAAAAUGCCAAAAACAACUAUUACUUUGCAUGAUAUUUGUAAGAAAAAUUCAAAGAUUCCAAUUACUAAUCAUGGACACAAAUCAAACAAGAUAGACAAUGAACUGAAAUCUCUUGAACUAUUGACUCUACAAUCAGCAACAAAUCCUAAUGAUUUAUUAACAUGCUCUAAUAUUUCAGUUCCAUCAACUGCUACAAAAUUGAUAGAAAAUUCAUCUCUAGAUAAAUCAAAUCCAGCUGAAUCAUUGUCAUUGAUUUUGGAUACAUUCAGUCAAUCAUCAGGUAUAGCAUCAAAAUUAAUACGCAGAAAAAUACCAAGAGCUGGUCACUUAAUGACUCCACGGCACUUAUGGAUCCAAUCAAUUCCACCUAAAGCUUGUGAUGUGGUUUUAACAUUCACCAAAACUACAGACUAUAAGACUAUUGAAUGGGUAAAAUCACUAAUAGUAGACGAAUCUAAUGGUUUCAGUUUAUCUGUAAAUGUCCAAUAUCAUUCAUCAGCCGAUUCUUACUGUUUUUACUUGACAGCUUCCUUUCAUGUUCUAAUGAAAGCUGCUCAAGAUGUACAUUUACCAAAAAAAGUUAUUGGCGGUGGUGGCCUAAGAGAAUUUAUACUCUCUGAAAUGAAUAUAUUCGAAGGAAUUGAGGAUCAUUCAAAUUUUUUCACUAUGCAAGAAAGACAAACAUUGAUUUUAUAUAUCUUAAACACACUUAGAGUACAAAAUUGUGAUUGGAUCACUGAACUAGUCGAAAGCCAACCAUUAAUUUCAGAAUGUAUGUCAAAUGGAAUAAUUGAACAUUUAUUCCCAGUUCAUGAAAAUAAAACAUUAAAAUGGUUGCGUAUUAUCUGGGUAAAGUCUUUUUUCAGCUUGCAGCCUUUGGAUAAGGUUUGUGAUUAUUUUGGUGUCAAAAUUGCCAUGUACUUUGCAUGGAUUGGGCACUAUACUGGUUCAUUAAUAUACCCAGCUAUUGCCUAUUCCACAUUUUGGUUUGGAUUUGGAAGGCAACUGGAUCAAUGGACAGAAGGAGUAUGGUUUGUUGUUUUGGCCUUUAUGAAUGUUCUCUGGCUGACGGUAUAUUUGGAAACAUGGAAACGCUACUGUGCUGAGUUAGCUUAUCGAUGGGCUACACUAGAUCAAAGACAUCAGUUUUUGUUACAGCCUCGCUUAGAAUUUAAAGGUCAUCCACGAAUUAGUCCAAUAACUGGUAAGGCAGAACUAUGGUAUCCAAAUUGGAAACGAAGGCUGUUCAGUUAUUUUGUCAGUGCACCUAUCAUUGGUCUAUGUUUGGCAGUAGUCUUUGCUUUAACAAUAUUACAAAUCAAAUUUCAAGACUGGUGGGAUUUGUAUAUUGAAACAAAUGAAUAUCCAACAUAUUUAAGUUAUAUUUCUAAAAUUAUGUUAGCACUUAUUAUUGCUGUGCUUGAUGACAUUUACAACAUUAUUGCUGUUUGGCUUAAUGAUUGUGAAAACUAUAGGCUGGACACUGAAUACGAAAACCAGCUGAUCAUCAAAGUUACACUGUUUCAAUUUGUCAAUUCUUUCCUGUCUCUCUUUUACAUCGCUUUUUAUUUGCAAGACCAGGAAAGACUUAGAACGCAAUUGGCCGUGCUUUUGAUCACCAGACAGCUGAUUCGCAACAUCAAAGAAUCGGCGCUUCCUUAUGUGUUGGAGCAAAUCCGUUUUGCGAAAAUUAGCUUUGAUUUGUUCGGUGCGUUGACGCCAUCCGACGGCCCGGCUAAACCGAACGGCGAGCGCGUCGUGUCACAGCCGGAACUUGAAUGUUCAAUGUUUAAAUUUGACGGUACGUUCUCCGAACACUUGGAAAUUUUCAUACAGUUUGGUUAUGUGGUAAUGUUCUCGUCAGCGUUCCCGCUGGCUGCCUUGUGCGCGUUCCUCAAUAAUCUGAUUGAAAUACGCAGCGACGCAUUCAAAAUGUGCUACGUGUAUCAAAGACCGUUUGGUCAACGAAUCAAGGACAUCGGAAUGUGGCAGAACAUCAUGGAAGUUAUGGGAUUCAUCGCGGUACUUGUAAACUGUGCUUUGAUUGGUCUUAGCGGUCAAGUUCACCGAUUGCUGCCCGAUAUGACUGCCAUUCAAACUGUUCUAUUAAUCGUUGCCCUUGAGCAUAUAAUGUUAGCGUUCCGAUGUGCAUUAAGCUGUCUGAUUCCGGACGUACCGCAAUGGAUUGCCACCGAAAUGGCCAAGACUGAGUACAUCAGACGCGAAGCAGCGUCUUCAAAGUCUCAGUGAAAAGGAGGGCCCCACAAUCAACCGUCUGCGUCGAAUGUCGAUGAUAGAUUUAAUGGAUCUCACUGGAUUUGUUUUUGUCUACUUUUUGUCUCAAACUGAUGUCAAAUAUUUUUUAGUCCUCAUAACUCGCAAUGGUAGUUGAUGUUGAUGCCGAUAUAGCCGAUGUAGGUAUCGUUAUUCGUUGUGCAUAUUUUCUAUGAACGAGUCAUUGAAGGUAGGUAGGUAGGUAUAUGUGUAUGUCACAUAAGGAUAAGAUAUAGGCACACGUGCUUUUAAAACGCUAGAACAGCGUUCGCAGUUCGCUGUAAUAAUAUAUUAAUAUUCAGCCAUUAUUUAAAUAACUUGAUAUUCCUAUUACCUACCUAAAAACAUUUAUUACCUCGUCGUUUUUCAUCCACCAUAUUGUUUUCAUGAAUUUUAUUAUAUUAUCACUAUGCAGUUAUUUCCAAUGUUUCCAUACAUAUUUGAAUAUUUCCAUUAGUUUAUAUCAUAUACAAGUUAAAAGAGUAUAUAUAAUAGUAGUAGUAUAGCUACCUAUAUAUUCAGCACUUAUGAGUUAUGGUCAUUUGAAAAAAUAUUGUAAAUCGGUAGUCGUUAUAAUCUACCUACUCGAUGUGGCUCGCUUGUGAUGUAUCAUUUUUUAACUGUUUAAAAUACAAUUUUUUUUCAAAAGUAAAUAAAUAUAAUACUAGUAGGUACCUAUUUAGAUGUUUUCGGGUAUUGAAUGUAAAAAUAGUUGCUAUACUUUUUAUGCUAAGCAUUACCUACUAACCAACAAAGCGUUUUUAUUGAUUUAAAAAUAAAAAGAUUGAUCAUUUCUCAUUUUUCUAUAAUAUGUUAGGUAAGUAUUUUCUUUUUAUAUUAUUAUAAAACAAUGAAUUGCUGUGACUUUCCACUCUUCACCACGCCGCAACUUUGUUCGUAAAUAAAAUAAUUCAUGCCUAAUAAUGAAAUUUCUCAUUUAACGUAUAUUUAUUCCAUGUUCGUAUUUAUAAAACAUAUUUUAUUUGCGUGAAUUUGUUUUGUAUAUUGUAUAUAAUAUAUGUUAUGUAUUUAUGUACGUUAUGCACUUUUAAUUAUUAUACUACUUAUAUAUUAUUAUAUUUAAUGAAAUUGUAUUUAUUCGUGUUUAUGAUUGAUAUCUAUUGUUAUUUUUAAAAUUAAAUACAAGACUGAUAUCUUUGAA